AUGGCCGUUUCCUCGUCCGAUCCAAUUAUUAUCGUUGGUGCUGGUGCUUUUGGCCUUUCAGCUGCACUCCAUCUAUCUCAACGAGGCUACACCGAUGUCUCGGUAUUUGAAAAACAUCCUCGCAUUCCUUCCGGAGACUUGACUACUGUAGUCCAUCGUGCAGCACAAGAUGCAGGCGUGCAAUUCUUGCUGGGACAACACGUCGACGAAAUAGUCUAUGUGAGCACAUUGACAGGGAGGAAAAAUGCCGGUAUUCGCACAAGGGAUGGCCACUUCUACCCCUCGUCACUAGUCAUUAUCGAAACUGGGGCUGGGGACAACGAGGCGGCUGUAAGUGACCACUUGCGCGCACCCGACUCCUUGGCUACACCCCUUUCUUGGUAUGCCAAUAUCAACCUCGCCAAUCCUUUCGUCGACUAUGUGCCGCAGGAGUCUUCUGUUAUAUUGCUGUCCGGGGAACAGAGGCAAGGCUCUAAAAUGUUUUCGUUGGUGGGAUCCCUUGUGCUGGAUCUCCUUGGGGCAACUAGUGAUCAGCCAACUACAAUGGAUGCACAAUAUUUGUCGGAGAUUUUACCUCCAAAGCUUGCUAGGCUAUGA